AUAAUUUCUAUGAACUCAAAAAGUGAAAUUGACGAAGCUUCAAGGUAAUUUUAUUUGUCGUCAUUCCAGGUUAAUUCAGAAAUUUCCAAGAUUAAACGACGCAGUUAUUAGUGUUGUUGCUUAUGAAUUUACAUCGUGAAUUUAUUUUUGCAUGCGACUGGGGGAGCGAAGCAUCAUCGUCAAAUAAUAAUACCCCAAGCAAUUGUGAGGAUCAGUCUACACCAGGUUUAUGUCCUGCUGCACAUACCAAUACUGGCCAGGACAUUAUGAAGCGAGCCGCCGCUAAACAGUUGAUCGAGAGAUAUUUCUACCAGUUAUUAGAUGGUUGUGGCAACCCUAAUUGUGACAACAAAUACUGUGCUUCUAGUGGCGAGGCAAGAAAUUUGACACCAAAUGAAGCUGCGGCUGAGGCCAUAAAGCUGUUUUACAAAGAGGCGCGUCUGUGUGACAGUCUGCCCAACAAAGUGCCUCGUACAGAGGCCAAUGCUUGUGAUUCCAGUGCCAGCACAACAUGUACGACAUCAAAGUCAAAAGACAUCACAGAUAACAAAGAAGAGUUACAGUCCGGCGAGAGCAGCAUAGAGAACCAUGAAAGCACCUCACAAACACCAGAAACUAGUCAGAAUAAAUCUCAGCAGGAUGACCACAAAACUCCUAGUCAUAACAACGGCGCGCCGCUGACGGAGGAGCGGAUCUGCCAGCUGUGCGACGAAUGCCUCCGCAGCAAGGCGCCGCAGCCGCUCAUCAGGGCGCUGGGGGAGGCGUUCACGCAGCCCGCCAUCCUGGCGCGCUGCUUCCAGAGCAAACUCAGACUCGACAGCGACAGUAGUGGUGGAAAAAAUACAGAUAAAGAAUCGAAAGCGAUGUGUUCGUCGAGCGACCCGGACAAAGACGUGGACAGCGUCGCGGGGCCCGAGCUGGACGUCGUCUCGUGUCGCAAAGCCUUCGGGUACCUUGCCAAAGUGCCAUCAGAAUACUACAGCUCGGCUCUAGUCACGGCGUUGACGACACUGGCGGAAAACAUGGAGAUAGACUUGAGGAUAACGAAAAAGAUGAGCAUAGAGGACGCAGUCAACUGCUUCGUAAUAGCUUUCGAGGUGCCAGAUCUCGGCUGCAGCGACUACCUCGAAAUAGCUCUGCCUGCACUGUGUCACGCGGCGGAGCAUCUUCCUGUUAAAGCUCAAGCGAAAUUGGCACGAGUGUGGGCACAGCACUGUAAGGAUAGCCUCCGUCACAUUCUGGAGACGCUACAGCAGCUGAUCACGUUGCGCGUCAUCUCCACCAACUACACGAGGCACUUCCAGCUGCAGGACGACGAGAGUGUCACCUUGGCUACUAAACUUAUGAAGAUAGUAUACUACGCGAAUAUGCUAGCCGGUGUGAUGGAGUCCAACACGUUGCGAGAGGAGCCGGUCGUAAUCGCGAGCCAGCUAGAUCCCCUUGGCGACGCUCUUGACCAUUUAUACCCACUAUCGUCAAUGAAAAAUUCUAAGCAGUCACAGCCUGAUGAUCCUUUAGCUAUUGAAUUAGAUAUAAAUGUACUAGAUGCUAGGAAGCCAUACCUGCCAUUUGAGGAAUUCUACAACGAACCUCUUAGUGAUACUAUAGAAAUGGAUAUAGAUUUUGCUAAUUAUAAAACUGAGAUAAGUAAUGGUAAGAAAUUCGCGUUCCUGAAGUACCCGUUCAUCCUGACGGCGGCCACCAAGUCGCUGGGGCUGUACUACGAGAACCGCAUCCGCAUGUACUCGGAGCGGCGCGUGUCGCUGCUGCACGCCGUGGUGGGCGCGGCGCCGCCCAUGCCCUUCCUGCGCCUCAAGGUGCGGCGCUCGCACCUCAUCGACGACGCGCUCGUCGAGUUGGAAAUGGUAGCAAUGGAGCGGGCGUUGGACCUGAAGAAGCAACUGGUGGUGGAGUUCGAAGGCGAGCAGGGCGUAGACGAAGGUGGAGUCAGCAAGGAAUUCUUUCAGCUCAUAGUGGAAGAAAUCUUCAACCCCGACUAUGGCAUGUUCACGCACCAACCUGAUUCACAUACAGUAUGGUUCAACCCCACGUCAUUUGAAACGGAAGCGCAGUUCACAUUAAUCGGAAUAGUAUUGGGUCUAGCUAUAUACAACAAUGUAAUACUGGCAGUCAACUUCCCCAUGGUAGUGUACAGGAAACUGACAGGGAAGAAAGGCUCUUUCGAGGACCUCGCCGACUGGAAUCCUAUAUUAUACAACGGUUUAAAAUAUAUGUUAGAGUAUGAAGCAAACGAUUUGGAGGAAGUAUUCUAUCAGACCUUCAGGAUAUGUUAUCAAGAUGUGUUCGGAAACACGAUAUUUCACGAUCUACAAGAAAACGGAGAUAGUAUGUUUGUUACGCAAGAAAAUAAAAAGGAGUUCGUGGACCUUUACGCCGAUUUCCUGUUGAACAAAUCGGUGGAGACGCAGUUCAAGGCGUUCCGGCGCGGCUUCGUGAUGGUGACGGAUGAGUCGCCCCUGGCCGCGCUCUUCCGCCCCGAGGAGGUGGAGACGCUCGUAUGCGGCAGCAAGAACUUCGAUUUCAACGAGCUGGAGAAGUCGACAGAAUACGACGGAGGCUACACGUCCGAGUCGCAGACCAUAAAGGACUUCUGGAGUAUCGUGCACAGUCUGUCUCUAGACGACAAGAGGAAACUCCUGCAGUUCACGACGGGCUCCGAUCGAGUGCCCGUCGGCGGGCUGAGCCACCUCAAGCUGGUGAUAGCUAGGAACGGCCCAGACUGCGACCGCCUGCCCACCGCCCACACGUGCUUCAACGUCCUGUUGCUGCCGGAAUACGAAAGUAAAGAGAAACUCCAGGAUAGACUGAUGAAAGCAAUAAGCUACUCGAAAGGAUUCGGGAUGCUUUAACGUUCGCCUGCGACGCGUCAUGUCUCACGGAACAAACAAUAAGAAGAUAAACUAUUGUUGUAAAGCCAUGAUAUUAGUGGUGUCUUUGUAACAUUAAUUAAUUAAAGUUUG